GUUAACAAGUUGAGACCUUCUUGAAUGUGAUUGUUGGACCAAUUCAAGGGAGUUUUAUUCCUGACAGAGUUACUACUACACACAACAUCAUAAUAGUUCAAGACAAUACUAGUACUUUUUAUGUUUUUCAUAAAAAUUAGAGCGGAUCAAAGUUUUGGCCCCCGCCGUCUCCGAUUCGGUGGCGCCCAUUGUUUUCCACGCAGCGGAGCCACUCCAUUCAGUUCAUAAAUGGCAGAGUUCUCUUCCGCAUCAACUCUUCCAACUCCACCUGAAUCUCAAACUAGACUACACUUUGGGAAAUUGCAGCACGGGUGCGAACACUACAAGAGACGUUGCAAAAUUCGAGCUCCAUGCUGCAACCAGAUCUUCUCUUGCCGUCACUGCCACAACGACGCCAUGGGUUCACUUAGCGAUCCCAAGGAGCGUCAUGAACUUGUCAGGCGCGAUGUUAAGCAAGUUAUAUGUUCUAUCUGUGAUACUGAGCAAGAGGCUGCCAAGGUCUGUGCUAACUGUGGCGUCAACAUGGGAGAAUAUUAUUGUGAAAUUUGCAAAUUUUAUGAUGAUAUUACAGAGAAAGGACAGUUCCAUUGCGACGAAUGCGGGAUUUGUAGGGUUGGUGGUCGUGAUAAUUUCUUCCACUGUCCGACGUGUGGCUCUUGCUAUUCAGUGAGCUUGCAAGGCAACCACCCGUGUGUGGAGAACUCAAUGAAGAGUUUCUGUCCUGUCUGUUAUGAGUAUCUGUUUGAUUCAAUAAAAGGCACCACAAUUAUGACUUGUGGACACACAAUGCAUAUGGAUUGCUUUGAUGAAAUGGCAGAGCAAAAUCAGUAUCGCUGUCCUAUAUGCUCAAAGACAAUUUUUGAUAUGUCUCGGAACUGGGAACAUUUAGAUCAAGAGAUUGAAGCUGUUCCCAUGCCUGAGGAAUAUAAUUUUGAGGUUUCUAUUCUGUGCAAUGAUUGUAACAAUACAAGCAGGGUUUCCUUUCACCUAUUUGGUCACAAAUGCAGAAACUGUAGUUCGUAUAACACCCGCAGAAUUUCAGCACCAGAAAGCUAGUAAUGAUGCUGGCAUAUUCUGUGGAUGAGGUCCAUUGUGGAUGGCUGUUAUAUAUACACCCUUUAUUUUUUUUUCUCUCAUUGCCUAAUUCUUCCGGUGAAGUGGAAAGAGAAAAUCAUUAUGUAAUUAAUAAUUUGGAUAAGAAAGAUGGGACACCCAAAUUAUAGUACUUUUCUAAACUGAUGACACUGGAAUUGCCAAAAAGAAAUGGUCAAGGAUAGUUCAAUUUCUCUGGUGCUAGAUUAGGUGGGUUCACCUAGAUUUCUUAUAGAUGCCGCUAUGUAAUGAAAUAAUGAAGUUAAAGGGAAAGAAAAGAAAUUGGAACAUGAUUAAGCAUUCUAA